AUGGAUGAAGAAGUCAACCAGCCAGCACCCCAUGAGACUGCUGCCUCGACACAGUCGAUCUCCAGCGCCGAGGCUGACAAGGAGAAGAAGGAGCUGCCCAAGAGCACCACCAUCGAUCUUGAUCGUGUCGGCGAGACCGAAGGCUAUGUGCUCGACGAGGCUCAGCUCAGGGAGAAGUUGGGUCUUGCCCCUGAUGUUGCUUUGAAAAAGUCCAAAGGCGGUGUGGUGCUGAUCCCCCAGCCUACCGAGGACCCCGAGGAUCCGUUGAACUGGCCGCGAUGGAAGAAGAGUCUCAUACUCCUCGUCAUCGCCGUCAAUGCCUGCACUGCAGAUUACUCUGCUGCCACUGGCGCGAGCGCGUUGAUCCCUCAAGCCGAGGAAUGGCACAUCUCUCCUAACACCGUCAACCACGCCACUGCCGGCAACACUUUCAUGUUGGGCGUGGGUGGCCUCGCGACCGUGUGGUUGUCUGCCUACUUCGGUCGACUGCCGGUGCUCUUCUGGUUUGGCUGCUUGUCGGCAGGUACCGCCGCUUGGUCUGCUGCUGCUCAGAGCUUUGAAUCAUACAUGGCGUCGCGAAUUCUGAACGGCCUCUUCUGUGUCGCGGCAGCAGGAGGAGGGCUGAUGUGGAUCAAGGAUGUUUGGUUCUGGCACCAACAUGCAAAGAAGAUCAACAUCUGGUCCACGGCCAUUAUCCUUUCCCCCUUCCUCGGCCCACAGUUCAUGGCAGCAAUCGUCAGCGUCACCUCGUGGCGCAAGGGAAUGUGGCUCGAUUUCGGCAUCAUCGCCCUGGGUCUGGCUCUCACCUCUGUGUUUGGGGACGAGACCUUCUACCCCCGGCACUUGAUGCCAGACCGUAUCCCAAAGCGCAAGUCGCGUCUCUUGCGUGUCAUUGGCGUUGAACAAUACAAGACCAAGUACACGACCAACACGUUCUGGGAGGCCGGGAGUCGUCUGGGCUACACGGCUUUGAAGUUGCCUGUGUUCUUGAUCUGCCUAUUUUACUUCUUUGACUUCCCGUGGACGAUUGGCAACAACACGACCAUCUCGGUUCUCAUUAUCCCAGCAUACAACUUCAGCUAUCGCAAUCUGGCAGCGAUCUAUACUGCACCUGUUGUAGGAGCCAUUCUGGGUCUGGUUCUUGGACAUUUCAUGUUCGACUUGGUGGCUAAGCUUUGGGCGAAGCGCCACGGAGGGCGUAUCGACCCAGAGAACAGAUUGAUUGUUCUUUGGUUGGUCUUGCCUUUCAAGCUCAUUGGUUACAACCUCAUUGGAGCGACUCUGCACAAUGCCCAGACCUGGUCGUACUGGGUCCUUGCGGUCGGCUGGGCGAUGCACAACUUCGCGACCAUUGUCACCACAGCUGCAGUUGGUGCUUACCUCCUGGACGCGUAUCCGGAAGCUGGUGGCGAAUGCGCGGCAUGGUUGAACUUUGCCCGUACCCUCGGUGGCUUCAUCGUUGGUUACAUCCAGAUUAACUGGGCAACAAAGGCAGGCACACAGACCGAGUACGGCAUUCAGAGUGCCAUCAUGGGAGCAGCCUUCUUCAUCGUUGUCUUCUUGCAAUUCUUUGGCGCCAAGCUGAGACACGCUCAAGGCCCGUUGAACUUCAAGACAAAUUAG